UAAGUUUAUCUUGGUCUCAUCAGACCACAGGACAUGGUUACAGUAAUCCAUGUCCUUAGUCUGCUUGUCUUCAGUAACCUGUUUGUGGGCUCUCUUGUGCAUCUUUAGAAGAGGCUAACCUUCUAGAACGACAACCAUGCGGACCAAUUUGAUGCAGUGUGCGGCAUAUGGUCUGAGCACUGACAGGCUGACCCCCCACCCCUUCAACCUCUGCCGUAAUGCUGGCAGUACUCCUACAUAUAUUUCCCAAAGACAACCUCUGGAUAUCACACUGAGCACAUGCGCUCAACUUCUUUGGUCGACUAUGGCGAGGCCUGUUCUGAAUUAAACCUGUGCUCCAGAGCCGCAGGAAAGGUGAAAAAGAGCCGCAUGCGGCUCCGGAGCCGCGGGUUGCCGACACCCGGCCUAGGCCAUCUUUAUGUAGAGCAACAAUUCUUUUUUCAGAUCCUCAGUUCUUUGCCAU